UCAAGAUGUGCUGCUCAAAAACAAACAAAACAGCCCUGCACUGGAAACACUGUGGUUUGGACUGAACUGUACCCUGUGCACCUCAUGAUGGUCACUACUUCAAUGGAACUAGAGCUGUACUGCACCAGACUUCAGGAGAGACGAAUCUAGUGUUGCCAGAACCCCCCAAAAAUCUUUAGAUGAAUAAUAUGUAUCCACUGACUGGUACGACACUUAAACACGGCUCUUCCAACUAAAUGAACUUUCUCCCUCUGCAACAAGUGUUAGGACUGACCCGUGCCUUUCACUCAAAUUCUGUGCAGAGUUGACCCGUGAUGUCACAACACAUCCGCCAUCUUGGUAAAGGAAGGACUUGCACAUCAUGAAUACAUCUUAGUGAGCAAAUUGUUUUCAGACAGGGAAAAAAAACAACCUUUAAAAUUAAAAAUCUACCUUUAAAAAUGCUACUAUCCAUUUCUUACCUCUGGAUUGCUCUGAGCAGAUACAUAAAACCUCUAGAUGUAGAGGGGAAAACUCUGAUCUGGCAACGUUGGACAAAUCGGAUGUCAUUGGUUUAAGGUGUUCACCUGAAGACACCGAUUGGUCGAUCGCACCAUCCAUCAAGCACAGGCGCCUGUCAACAUUUCGAAUGGUAUUUCCGCUAUGCACAGGAUUGCAUGCUUCUGUGCAGACGGGACGUGCUCUGCUGAUUAGCGCCAGGUCAUGUUUUUUCAGUCUCUUAUUAUAAUAUGUUCUCCCUGAAUGCAUGUGUUUGGCUCCUAAUGUAGUUCGGAUAUUGCUGGCCAGCGAGACAGGUUUAUAUUAAAAGUGCAGGACGACAGGACGAGAAGACUGAAAAUGGAUGUCUCGUGUGUGGAGCCAGUGCCUGUGGCACAAGAUGCCAAGUCAUUUCCAUGCCCACAGUGCAAAGCGUCCUUUACUGGGGAGCAGGAGCUAGCUAGCCAUACGAAGCAGACACACCGUGUGGACAGACUGAGCGUGACUGCUGGGUCUGAGCUUGGAAAGGAGCGGAGUGACUUGGGAGCCUGCAAGAAAGCAAGCCAGGGGGCGGGUCAUGGAAAACCUGUCUGUAAUGAAUGCGGGAAGAGUUUCUGGGACUCCUCAAAGCUUAAAAGACACCAGCGAAUUCAUACAGGAGAGGCCCCGUACGACUGCAGUGAAUGUGGGAGGAGGUUUGGUCGCUUGGAGCAUCUUAAACGGCACCAGUACGUGCAUGCUGGAGACCCCUCCUUUCCUUGCACCGAAUGUGGAAAGAGUUUCAGGGCUCCGGGACGCCUUAGAACUCACCUACGAACUCACCCGUGGCUAGUCUUGCACUGGUGUAUUAAGUGCGGAGACAGUUUCAGCCUGGCAGAGGAACUUGAGAAACACAAGGCAGUCCACACCAGGAAGAGCUCCUAUGAGUGUUUGGAAUGCGGGAAGAGUUUCAAAGAGGCUGCAAAACUUAGAAGACACCAGCUUGUUCACUCCAGGGUGAUCUCGUUCCUUUGUUCCGAAUGCGGCCAGGGAUUCAUUCGCUCGGAGCACCUGAAGAGGCAUGAGCUGGUGCACAGCGGCGAGACCCCCUAUCGCUGCUCUGAGUGUGGGAGGAGAUUCAGAGACUCGAGAGGCCUCGUUCAGCACAGGCGCAUCCACACGGAGCAGCUGCCAUACAGGUGCGCGGAGUGUGGGAAGUGUUUCAGGGAGAAGGGAAAGCUAAAAAGACACCAGCGAGUUCACACAGGAGAGACCCCCUAUGUCUGUACUAAAUGCGGGCAGAGGUUUGGACGGCAGGAGCAUCUUAAGAAACACCAGAAGGUGCACAGUGGAGGAAAUGUGAGCACUGAGCAGGGAAACCGCUUCACUCCGCUAGGGACUCUUGUGUCGCACCAGCACACUCCCGGACUGGAGCCUCUGUGUGCCAAAAGGGAAGAGUGUUUGAAAGGAGAACGCACGGAGCAAACUAGCGCAAGGGAAACGAAAACGCAUGCCUGCACUGAAUGUGAGAAGAGUUUUGCUCGACCAGACCAUCUUAAAAGACACCAGAAAACUCACACGCAAGACUAUCGCUGUGCUAAGUGUGGGAAGGGGUUUCUGGAGGAGUGGAGAUUUAAAGAACACCAGCGGACUCACAUGAGGGAAGUGCAUGAGUGUAAUGAAUGUGGCAAGAAUUUCAAAGGGGCAGACUACCUUGAAAAACACCAGCACAGCCACGAGGGAAAGAGUCUUUAGUGCUGUACUGGAUACUGGUGCUUUAAGAAGCAUUAUAAACUACCAGUUAGUUUAGCUGUACCAAAGGAGGAUAUGUACUGUAACAAAUAUAGUACUGAACAAGGGGGAAAAGUGGUCAGAACUUACAAGCAAUUAAAAUAAUGUAUUCCCUUUGCAGAUGUCGUCGAUUCACUGUACUUAUAUGUAGACCAAUGUGUGUGUGUGUAUAGGAAGGAAUUUGUUAUUGGUGUGUAACUACUGCAGGCAUUUCCUGAUACAAAUAAACGUGCCUUGCUGCUGGGGUGGCUGAGUUUGAAUGAAAGCCCUGCAUCAUCAGUAAGAUAAUCCAAGGAGGCAACAGGAUGAUGUUUAUAGCACAUGCACCUGGAAUGCAUUUGGGUUGGAAAAAGAGUGAAAAAAAAAAGGAGGCUCAACCCUUCCUUAUCAUCUCUACACAGUGUGACAAUAGCAAAUACUCACUUUAAACAGGCAGCUGUACUGUGAUGCUUUCUGUGCUAUUAAUAUAAAUAUAUUA